UCAUGCAAAAGAUCAAACAGGUUGGGCACGCUAUAAGCCUAUGUACAGCCCCCCUUGGCUCCUAAGUUUAUCAUGAAAUCAUAAGUUCAAGCUAACUAGCAACAAGCAGGCAAUUAAGAUAUAUUCAACGACGAUGAUGAAAUGCCUAGUAGCUUCCCUUCUCGGCCUCACCAUGGCCAUCCUCUUCUUCUCAGGUGCACAUGCAGCGAAAAUGACUUUCACAAACAAUUGCCCAAACACUGUUUGGCCAGCAACCCUAACCAGUGGCCAAAAACCUCAAUUAUCAACCACCGGGUUCAAACUAGCAUCCCAAGCUAGCCAGUCAAUGGACGCUCCAUCCCCUUGGUCGGGUCGCUUAUGGGCCCGAACCAGAUGCUCCACAAACGCCACUGGAAAAUUCUCUUGUGAAACUGCAGACUGUGGCUCUGGUCAGGUUGCAUGCAACGGCGCAUACGCAGUUACACCGACAACUUUAGUAGAAAUCACAAUCGCAGAAAACGGGGGUCAAGAUUUUUACGAUGUUAGCCUUGUUGACGGCUUCAACUUGCCCAUGUCUGUUGCCCCACAAGGCGGCACCGGUGAGUGUCAGACCUCGACUUGCCAUGUGAAUGUUAACGCGGCAUGCCCGAUUGAGUUACAAGUGAAAGCGGCUGAUAAGAGUGUCAUCAGUUGCAUGAGCGCUUGCAUGGCGUUCAACGAGUCGCAGUACUGCUGCACUCCACCGAAUGAUGUGCCAAGUACAUGUCCUUCCACGAAUUACUCUCAGUUCUUUAAGAAGCAGUGCCCUGAAGCUUAUAGCUACGCUUAUGAUGAUCAAACCAGCACAUUUACCUGUAAUGGCGGACCUGACUACAUCAUUACAUUCUGCCCAAAUGGUAUGUCUACUGCCAACCACAAUACAAAUAAUGUGACAAUUCCACCAACACCGUCCCCACUAACACCGUCCCCACUUUACCAACCGCCCAUUUCGUCAGGUGCACCUUCCUCAUUGCCUAAACCGUUAGGUGCACCUUCCUCAUUGCCUAAACCGCCAGGUGCACCUUCCUCAUUGCCUAAACCGUCAGGUAAAGGAAAGCCCAUAAAGUUAAUUGUGAGCCUUACAAUUGUUUGUUUUAACGGUGUAUUGGGUGCCAUAGUGUUCGGUUUGUGCAGGAUGAGAGCUAAGCAAAAAGGACACAUCAAAUUAACCAGGGAACGCAUCAAAUUAACAAGGGACAACCUACAAGAAUAUAUAGGAGGAAAACAUGAUCUGUCUGAGCUACGGAUCUAUGAUUUUGAUAGCAUAUUAGUUGCUACGGACAAUUUCAGCACAGAAAACAAACUUGGGCAAGGAGGUUUUGGUCCAGUUUAUAAGGGUAAGCUAGCAGAAGGGAAGGAAAUAGCAGUAAAAAGACUAUCCAGUACCUCAGGGCAAGGUGUAGUAGAGUUCAAGAAUGAAAUGUUGUUGAUCUCCAAUCUCCAACACAAAAAUCUGGUCAGAAUCAUGGGUUGCUGUGUUAAAGAGGACGAGAAGUUACUGAUUUACGAGUUCAUGCCAAACAAAAGCUUGGAUACUUUUCUUUUCGAUUCGAUGAGAAGAGCAGUGCUUGAUUGGGGUACACGUUUCAAUAUUAUUCAAGGAGUUGCUAGAGGGCUUGUUUAUCUCCAUCAUGAUUCCUAUUUGAAGGUAAUACAUAGAGAUCUAAAAGUGAGCAACAUUCUCUUGGAUGAGAAAAUGAACCCAAAAAUUUCAGAUUUUGGAUUGGCACGUUCGGUUGAAGGGACACAGAAUUUAGAAAAUACUCAGAGGGUUGUGGGAACACGCGGAUAUAUGUCUCCAGAGUAUGCCAUGGGUGGAAUAUUUUCUCAAAAAUCUGAUGUCUACAGCUUCGGGAUCUUGGUAUUGGAGAUUAUUAGCAGCAAGAAGAAUACCGCCUUCUAUAUCUAUGAUCAACAGCUAGGCUUACUAGCCUAUGCAUGGCAGUUAUGGAAGGAAGGCAGGGAAUUGGAGUUGGUAGAUGAAAUGUUGGCGGCUGAUUCAUAUUCAGCUCCAGAAGUAAUGCAAUGUGUGCAUAUUGGGCUGCUUUGUGUACAGGACAAUCCGACGGAUAGGCCGAGCAUGCCGGAUGUAAUUUUUAUGCUAAAUGGUUCCACAACUGUAAUUGGUGGUCCACAACCUAAGAAGCCUCUAUUCACAAUCCAAAACUCAGUCUCUCAUCCUCAACCACAGCCUUCGAAUAAUGAAGCUACAAUGACAAUGAUUGAAGGACGCUAAAUAUAUGCUCCUGACAGUGGUGGUUGGGAUUUGCUGAUCUACGUGAAUUUGGGUUGUGUUUGCUAGGAUUUGUAGUCACGUCGUAUAAUUUUUUGUUUGCUUUCUUUUGAUGGUGCCUAGCUAAGCUUGGCCAGUCCUGCUUGCUUCUGCGGCAAGAUGCUGAAACUGUAGUUAUAUUUUUUAUUUGGAGGGAAUUAGAGAGGAUUAGUUAUGAAGGAAAUUCAUCUUUGUAAUCCGACAUUACGGAGAGAUUGAAACUCAUAAGUUUUCUUUAUGAGUAAUUGAUCCUUUACAUU